GGCAUGGGGGAUGACUUCAACUUUCCAAAAGUCAACUGUCCCUUUAUGUCGAGUCAUAUUCCAGCAGUUCCAGCUUUGGUGUCCACUAUAACAUGUCACACGACUCUUGCUCCAAAGUUGGGUUACACUCAAGCACCUUUCAAAAAGUGCAUUGUAGAUAUAUGGAGGACAUUUACAAAUGUAACGCAUAAGUCACCAAACUUCAGAUCCAAUUCCAGAUGAUGACUUAUGCCCCUAUUAUACCACCAUGUGUUCCCGUGUUUUUAGGUAAACAACGGACUUUCUUUGCGUGUGUUUGUGGUGGUGCAAGAUACGCUCAUAUUUUUUGUGAAUACCUGUUAUCAUUAUAAUUUGAUAAUGAUGAAUAUACACAUGCUCAUUAUUAAGUUGGAUAGUACAUUGGACACUGGCUUUAGCCGACAUUUCUUAUGAUUAUGAAAAUAGUUUCGUCGUCUUUAUCAGAUAGAUGUUGGUAAAAUAUUAUAAAAUAAUAACAACCAAAGAUCACUUUAAUUACUAAACGGUAGCAUUUGCCAACAUACCUCAGAGCUAUUGACUCAAAAUGUCUGAAAGUUUCAUUAAUUCUUGUGACAACAUGUGACUGCAAAAUAAUCCUUGGCAUAAAUUUAUAAAACUGAGAUGAUGUCAUACGAAAAAUAUGAGGGCAUCAUCCAUGCAGGAUGAAUACAAAUGAAGUCCCAGACAGGCCGUUUGUUACAGGAUUACCCUGUCUGUAGCAGAGUGUGACGCACACGUCAAGUAUGUCUGUAAGUGAUGACAACACACCUUUGUAAACAUUGACAUAAUAUUUUUAUUUUUUAUUUUGUCCAUUGUACAUUUAUUGCACAUGUUUAUGAAUCACUAUCACAUAAGGAUGCAAUGAUACCAGGUGUUCGCGAAAAGGUGAAGCGUUGUUUUUUGUUGCAAUGAAAAAUAUAGCAAUGUGUGGAUGCAUAAAUGAGAGCAGUAAAUAUCUAUGAAAUCCGUAUAUCCUUAAUUGCAGUAUCGCUUACAUCAUCAGAAGGUUAAAUUACAUGAUUUGUAUGUGAAAAUAGCGACCAGCGAUUUCAUAAUAUUUUCAUAUAAAUCUCCUUUCAUCCUGCUACCGCUAAACAAACAUCUGAGGACAUCCCGUUGCCAUGGCGUUUACAAUGCAACGUCCGUUCAAAUGCUUAUCCCACUGAAGAGAGAUAUAGAUGAUGUUUUGACGGAAUCAGUCGUACAGGCCGUAACUGUCGUUCGGAACACCCCGUGUCAACCUUUUCGAGAAAACACACUUUCCUGAUCUGGUAAGCGAAGCUCUGAUUGGUCGGAUGAAAGGUCGUUCUGGCGUUACCCUAAAGGGGUGUCCUCAUGCAGAUCUUUGUGUAGCGGUAACGAUAACUGAGAUCUGAUUUUAAUGAGAUUGUGACAGCAUGACCGGAAAUGAGCCUCAACCACUAUAUCUAUGCGAGGAAUCGAGACCGGGCCGGCGACGUGACGAGGAUUAAGUCUGGUCCACUUUGGCACACAACCAAAGUCGUCAUCAUCAACCAGAUCUUCGUCGGCCUGCCCAUUAGCUUCAUCAAUGCCGGUCUACAGCGAUACCGAGGCUGCGACUUGACCUUGACCCUGCCUCAACCAGUUGACUUCAUUCGAGACUUCGCAGUGUUUGCUGUGCUUGAGGAAUUUGGGUUUUAUUACUCUCACAGGCUUCUUCAUCACCCCGCGUUCUACAGCUGGAUACACAAGCAGCACCACGAGUGGACGGCCCCCUUCAGCUACGUGGCAGUCUACGCCCACCCCAUAGAAUACAUCUUCUCCAACAUCGUCCCUCUCGUCCUCGGCCCCCUGGUGUGCGGCUCCUGCCUCCUGACCACGUGGACGUGGUUCGCCGUCGCCACCUUCACCACCAUGAUCCACCACAGCGGCUACCAUCUGCCGAUCCUCACGUCGUCGGAGUUCCACGACUACCACCAUCUAAAAUACAACGUGAACUACGGGGUCACUGGGUUGUUGGACUGGUUCCAUGGUACUGAUCUCAAGUUCCGUGCUGCGCCACAGUUUGCAAGACAUAGAAUGAUAUUCAGUGCUGGUGACAUGAAGCUCCACGAAGACAAGGUGAAGUGACAGGGGUGACAGACGACCGUCCAACUCUUGUGUAGUAACGACACACUUAGUUCAGACACUGUACCGACAUGCGCGACACCUGUGUUCUGUUGUCUAAAGGGACACAACUCUACGACUGCUUGAAGGAGGGCAUGUCGAGGGCACGCGCACACUACUGUUCCAACGACCACGAAUGGGGCCGUGAAGCAAUAAGGAUUUUCCUAUUUUACUAAAAGAUAUUUUUCAUUGACGUCGAGUCGCAUUCAGUGCAGAGAGCCCUUGUUACGUUACGUCAUAAAACAACAUACUCAUUUGAUAUUGUAUGACACGGCUACAUCAUAUACAUGUACCUAUAUCGAUGGGCAUUGUUAAAUUGUUUGAUGUUUUUACUAUUUAAUAAAGAAUACAAUUGAAUA